GGUAUUAUUGCGACAAGCAUCGGUUCUGAUAUUGAAAAACAAGCAUGUGGCGUUGGUGUACAGUGGUGCCGGCCUGCACACGAUACGCGUUUCGUUUUAACUGCGCGGAAACAUCGUUUGGUCUACUUGUACAGGGACUACAUAUAUAUUCAUGUUUCGGGCAAGUUCCAGCAAAGUUCGGCAACCGUAGCAAUCAUCUAGAAUGUGUUGGAAUAAAAAUAUAUAAACUGAGUACAGCUUGACCCGGUUGCAGGUCUCCUCCACCUCCCUACGUCUCAUUGUUCCCAAGCAAGUGAUUCGAUAAAUCUCCAUCAGUCCAUCUAUCUAUAUCAUGCAAGAGCAAGAAACAGCAGAGCCUUGCCUCGUCUAGCACCGGGCAUGCAUCUUCCCUGCUUCGUUCAGUUUCUGCACCUCCUCAUCCCCGUGCUUGUCCUCCUAUCUGUCUCUGCUGACACUGGAGACGCUGCCACUGUUGAUCACGGCGAGUUCAUCUACGAUGGUUUCUCUGAUAGCAACCUGACCGUUGAUGGUUCAGCAACUGUCUUCGACGGCCUCUUAAGCCUAACCAGCUGGUUUCCCUAACUUAAAGGUCACGGUUUCUACCCCUACCCUCUCAAUUUCACAGAUGUUUCAAAUGGCUCCUCACUGGCAUCUUUCUCCACAACAUUUAUCUUCUCCAUCAUGAGGCCUUACACUAACUUGAGUGGCCAGGGUCUUGCAUUUGUGCUUCGUUCCACCAAAGACUUCUCUGACGCCUUCCUUUCCCAGUAUCUUGGCCUUGUCAAUUCCACAAAUUAUGGCAACGCAACAAAUCAUCUCCUUGCUAUCGAGCUUGGUACCAUAAUGAACAAUGAGUUCGAUGACAUUGACGACAACCACAUAGGGAUUGACAACUUUUCAAAUUAUGGCAACUUUUCAAAUCAUCUUCUUGCUAUCGAAGUAAAGAAAGCUUGACCGGGCACCAGUCUAGCAAAGUUGGGUAACCAGUCAGAGCUGCAGUCAAGUAAAGAAAGCUUGACCAGGCGCCAGUCUCCGGCCGGCCCCCUACAUAAUUCAAUUGUGUGGAUUAUUGUAGAUACGACAUACAGUAUUAGCUUUCCAUCAUCAUCCUUGCUUUAGUUUAUAGCUAUUAUGCUCACCAGGUCAAGCUUUACUUGCUUCCAGACACUCUCCAUCGAUAUUGUGGACAAGAGAACGAAGCAGCUUUGGUUUGCCUCGCCUCUCUAGCUAAUAUGCAUCGCCCUUGCUUGCUGCACCUGCAGCAUCUCCUCAUCCCACUGCUCCUGCUGCUGCUGUCUGCCUCUUCCACUGGCGCCUCUGUUGGUCAUGGUGAGUUCACCUUCGAUGGUUUCUUCGGUAAUGACCUAACCAUGGAUGGUGAAGCCUCAGUCUCUGAUGGUCUUCUGAGGCUAACCAGUGGGCAGAACCAGUCGCAAGGUCAUGCUUUCUACACUUACCCUCUCAAUUUCACAAGUGCCGGCGUCCCAACUAGCUCCUCCGUUCCGUCCUUCUCCACAACAUUUGUCUUCGCCAUCAUCCCGCAGUACCAAGACUUGAGUAGUCAUGGUCUUGCCUUUGUGCUUUCUUCCACCAAGGAGUUGUUUAGUGCCUUGCCUGGCCAGUUCUUGGGUCUUCUAAGUGAAUGGAAUUAUGGCAACUUUUCAAACCAUCUUCUUGCUAUCGAACUCGAUACCAUACUCAACAUGGAGUUCGAAGACAUCAACAACAACCACAUCGGGAUUGAUGUCAACUCCCUGAACUCCGUUGCCUCAGCGAGUGCAGGUUACUACGCCUCUGAUGGGGAGUUUCAUAAUUUGACCCUCUUCAGUACAGAGCCAAUGCAGGUGUGGGUGGACUACGAUAGCAAGCACAUCAUGCUAAAUGUCACAAUAGCGCCUUACUUCUUGUUCACCAAACCCAGCAGGCCACUCCUCUCGAUUGCAUACAAUCUUUCCUCGGUUUUGCCAACCACAACAGUGUAUGCUGGGUUUUCCUCAUCCACUGGCACACUUAACUGCAAGCAUUACAUUCUUGGCUGGAGCUUCAAGCUCAAUGGAGACGCUGCACCACUCAACUACUCCGCCUUAUCUCUCAAGGCUAUCCAAGAACUCGCGCAGCAAGUCCAUGCUCGCCCACACAGCAGCUUCAAGGCAACACUAUGCAUAGUUCUCUUACCAAUUGUUGCAAUUUCCAUACUUGUUUCUGCUGCUCUUGCUAAGGUCUACAUGAAGAGGCAAUUGCAAGCAAGGAAAACUGAACUAGAAUGGCAGAGAGAGUAUGGGCCUCCGUCUUUCACAUACAAAGAUCUGUUGGCUGCCACCAAUGGAUUUAAGGAUAAGAUGCUUCUUGGCAAAGGAGGCUUUGGGGGUGUCUACAAAGGAGUGCUGCCUGUCUCCAAACAGACAGUUGCUAUUAAGCGGGUGUCGCCAGAUUCAAAGCAAGGAAUGAAGGAGUUCAUGGCUGAGAUCGUCAUCCUUGGUCAUCUGCGCCACCGCAAUCUUGUGCAGCUGAUUGGGUACUGUCGCCAUAAGCAACAACUCCUUUUGGUCUAUGACUACAUGCCUAAUGGAAGCCUUGAUUGCUACUUGCACACUGAAGAUCACAACACCACCAAUCUAUGUUGGGCUCAAAGGUUCCACAUCAUCAAAGGUAUAGCAUCUGGUCUCUUCUACCUCCAUGAGGAUUGGGAGCAGGUCGUCAUCCACCGAGACAUCAAAACCAGCAAUGUCCUCCUUGACAGUGAGAUGAAUGCAAGGCUAGGUGAUUUUGGCCUCGCACGGUCACAUGAUCAUGGAGCUGACGCUCACACCACACGUGUGGCAGGCACAUGGGGUUACAUUGCUCCUGAGCUGGCCCGGCUUGGUAAGGCAACCAAAGCAACUGAUGUAUUUGCUCUCGGUGUGCUGAUGAUGGAGGUCACUUGUGGAAAACGACCAAUCUGGGUGAAUAACCAUGGGGAGCCCCUUGCACUGGGAGACUGGGUGCUUGAGGCAUGGAAAAGUGGUUUAAUUACCCAUGCCGUCGAUCCAAGACUAGACGAUUACGUGGAGGCAGAGAUAGAGCUAGUCCUGAAGCUUGGCUUGCUCUGUUCACACCCGUCACCAAAUGUGAGGCCUUGCAUGCGCCUUGUCAUGCAGUACCUGCAAAGGGAUGCACAUCUCCCAUCAGACUUGGAGCUCAAUGGUUUGCUGAACAUUGGUUCCGUCCAGGAUGAAAUGCACAAUCAGCAUGCCAUGUCAUGUUCAGCAACUGUUAUAACCGAUCUUUCAAAAGGAAGGUGACACUGCUGUGCUAGUGGGUGAUAACCAUCUACAAUAAUGUGUUCUUGCUUAGUGUUGGUACUGCACAACGGCUUAUGUAAUAUGCUGCUCUUCAGUGGAGUUUCAGUUUGGAGCAUGUAGCAAAUCCCAUGAUGUCAUUGACUUACUAUGAAAAUGUUUCUUUUGAGAUUAUUCAGCUA